GGAUUGUUCCCUCACAGAGAAGAGCUGUGCUGCUUUAGCAUCAGCUGUCAGAUCAACCCCCUGCAGUUUGAAGACGCUGGACCUUAGUGGCAAUCCUCUUCAUGAUGCAGGAAUUCAGCAUCUCUCAGACCUCCUCAAGAGUCCCCACUGCAAGCUGGAGACACUAGAGCUGGUGGAGUGUUCCCUCACAGAGAAGAGCUGUGCUGCUUUAGCAUCAGCUGUCAGAUUAACCCCCUGCAGUUUGAAGACGCUGAACCUGAGUUACAAUCGUGAUCUUCAUGAUGCAGGAAUUCAGCAUCUCUCAGACCUCCUCAAGAGUCCCCACUGCAAGCUGGAGACACUAGUAGUGGAUCAAGGUAUCUUCAGAAAGGAGAGUCCAGCAGCAGCAGCAGCAGCCUCAGAUGACCAAGACCAAGCCCAGCAGGAUCCAGGAGCACGGCUGCUCUCUGUGGACACUCCCAAGGAGGAUUACCACAGUGAAGAUCUACAGAAGAGCUGUGAAGCCUGUACUGAAGUUCCAGACUCCAGCCACUGGGUCCUGGUGGAGCCUGACGUCUCCACAGAGAAGAGUGUUUCAACCUACAGCCUGAGCUCUUCUGCAGGGAGGUAUGAGUGCUCAGAGUCUGGUCUGCGCUGGUUGUGUGCUGGUCAAGUCACCCUGCAGUACCGCUUCACAGACUGGCAUCUCUUGGCUGGAGAGCUGCCUGACAUGCAGUACAGACCAGCUGGUCCUUCGAUGGACAUCAAGCUCAUCUCAGGAGAGCUGCAGGAGAUCCACCUGCCACAUUUCCUCUGUUUGGGAGGUAGUCAGUCUUUUCUGAAGGAUGCUGUGAUGGUUCUGCAUAAGCAGGACAGUGGAGUGUGUUUGGAGAAGUGUGAGCUGAGUCGCUUCCAUGCCAGGCUGGUGAACCCCUCCUUUUCUAUUCUUGGACUUUUCUACUCUUUGAUAUCAUUCUUGCUCCCUGGGAAGGAGGUGAAGAUCCAUGCUGAUGUUCAGGUCUAUCGGUGCAGCACCAACCCCCUCACCUUCCGCUUCUACCUCCUGCCAGAGGAUGCGGGUCUCAGUAAGUUAUUGACUGACCAAGAGGAUAGUUUCCGAGGCUUCAGACUCUUUAAGCCCCGGCCUUUGAGACCUCUUCAGAUGAAUGAGUUCUAUGGUUUACACACAACUCCAGAAUGCAUCAGAAUGUAUCCAGUAGAGCUAGACCUCAGAGUCAGCGAAAUUGCUCCUAACUUCUCAGAGGUUCGCAGAAGUGAGGCGGGUGACUUUAAAAUGAAGCUCAGCUCUGCAGACGACCAGACAGUUUGGGAAGCACAGAUCUUGAAAACCGAAUGCUUCUGGAACGAACCCCAACAGGGGGGUGAGAGCGCAUUAGAUGCUGCAGAAUUCCUCUCCAAUCAGCGGCCGGCUCUCAUUCAGAAGGUUAGAAACGUGAAACCGAUUGCAGAUGAGAUGCUGUCGCAAAAACUUAUCGCCAGAGAAGUGUAUGACAAAAUCUGUGCGGGAGAGACUGAACAGGACAAGAUGAGACGCGUGUUUGACGCCCUGAAUUCUCGUGAGGCAAAAGGGAAGUUCCUCAAAAUCCUUCAGAGAGAAUGCCCUGAUGUGCUGAGAGAGUUGAGGAGAAUAUCCUCCUAACCA